GAGGCCGGGGCAGUGGCGGAUGAGCGGGGCUGGCUCUGACGCGUGCCCGAAGGGGGAGCCCCGGGAGCCCCGGGGCUGAGCCCGCCCGCUCUGGGCCCCGCCCCGGGCCCGGCCCGCCCCUCGCGGGCUGUGGGGCGCGGGCGGCGGGCAGGGGCUGGCGGUGGAGGGGUCGGGAUGGCGCAGCCCGCGGAGGCCUCCGGCCACACAGCGACGGCCAGCGCCAGCAUGGACAACAACGUCCUGGCCAUCGUCAUCGCCGCCACGGUGUCCACCUCCGUCUUCAUCGUAGCGAUCCUCAUCCUGCUGCUGCUCUUGUACCACCGGGAUCCAAUGUGCUGCCAGUUCCUCUGCUCCUGCCGCCUGUUCCAGACUCCAAGCCAGUAUGACCGCCCCCCGCCCUACUUCAGCAGCAGCCAGCAGCUGGUGGGACCCCAGCGUGGAACCUCACGGCUGGAGAGCACUGCUGAGAACCCGGGCAUGCAGGGAGACGAGCUCUUCUGUGUCGGACCUCCCAGCACGUACCAGCUCCCGUCCUGGGAGCAGCCCCGCCUGCCCAGCUACGAGAGCGUGAGGAAGAAAGAUCGCCAGCGGGAAAUCCAUCAGAUGAUUGCUGACAGGUUUGGGCUGUGGGCAGAGCCAUCCCAGGAGUGCAUUUGCAGAAAUGCCUGUACCAGGAGGCAGGGCAAAGCCCCAAGGAGAAAGGGCAGGCUCUUCGGAUCACCUGCUCCAUACAAGUCUAGGCUAUGCCACCUCCUUAUGAGCAUGCUCUGAGGCAUCCUCCAGCUCUCUCAGGAACAGGAAUAAGCUCAGAGACCUUGGACAGACAUGGUGUUCCAGACCCUUUCAAUGCCCCCCUCAGCCACCAAACUCAGCGAAACACUGUGGUGUAAGGCCUUGGCCUCAGUGUACUGCUGCUUCCUGUGCUGUCAGCAACAGAAGUGCCUGGGAUACCAUUUACCUCCACAGGGAAUGGCCAAACCUUCACCCAGAUCCACAACUGGCUGAGACACAGGCAAGCCCAACCCAGCCAUCAGGAACAUCCCUCUUGCAGCACAAGGACAACCACAGAGCCAUUGCUGGGUACUGCACUGAGAAGAGGAACCAAGGACAUCUGCUCACUCUUCUCUGGCAAACACCAAAGGCAAAGCUCCAGCUGCUGGAGCUGCACAGGGCAAAGCCAAGGGGAAGGUCUGCUACACCAGAGCUCCUCAGGAACAGCGUUUCAUAUCUCUGUGAGGCAGCACUUCUGCCUGUACAAAGGAUCAGACCUCAGGCACUGGUGGUAUGCUGCUUCACCUGUUUCUUAGGUUAUUGAGUGUGUUUCAUGGUAUCUGGAUUGGCUGCCAGGUGGAAAUCCUCACCUGUGAGUGGCAGAAGGGAUGUGCUCUGGAGCAUCACUGGGUGCUCUGGCACCAACAACCUCUGGGACUGACAGCAGUUCUAUACAGACCCCACACACAGAUCUGGAGGGGCUCCAUGGGUUAUACCCAAAUAUGGACCACCAAGAUGAACCAUGGGACUGGAUUUGCAGGCUGGGAAAGGACAGAUGCAUGGACUGAACAGCUGGAGGUCUACAUGAAGACUGUGAAGUACAGGAGGACAUGUGUGGCUGACCCAGUUCACUUGGUCUUCUGCAGAGCAGAAUUAUCUAAAUAACGUCAACACCGGUGUCCUUACAUUAAUGAUUUUGAUAACCUGUUUUUUACUGCAGAGUCAAUGUUUCAGAUUGUUUACAAACCUGUAGAUAAAAUGAGAUCAGUUUGGGCACAA